GGGCUUCGGCCGGAGCGCACGGAGACGGCGGCUGCGGCGUUGGAUCCGUCAACGUACUGCGAGAGCCCGGUGUACAGCCCGGACGUGUGCCCCAACAUGAUCGCCGCACAAGCCAAGCUAGUGUACCAGCUGAAUAAAUAUUACACGGAGAGGUGCCAGGCCCGCAAGGCUGCCAUCGCCAAAACCAUCCGCGAGGUGUGCAAGGUAGUUUCCGACGUGCUGAAAGAAGUGGAAGUGCAGGAGCCGCGAUUCAUCAGCUCGCUGAGCGAGAUCGACGCGCGCUACGAGGGGCUGGAGGUCAUCUCGCCUACCGAGUUCGAGGUGGUGCUCUACCUGAACCAGAUGGGCGUCUUUAACUUCGUGGACGACGGCUCGCUGCCGGGCUGCGCCGUCCUCAAGCUGAGCGACGGCCGCAAGCGCAGCAUGUCGCUGUGGGUGGAGUUCAUCACCGCCUCGGGCUACCUGUCGGCGCGCAAGAUCCGCUCGCGCUUCCAGACGCUGGUGGCGCAGGCCGUGGACAAGUGCAGCUACCGCGACGUGGUCAAGAUGAUCGCCGACACCAGCGAGGUCAAGCUGCGCAUCCGCGAGCGCUACGUGGUGCAGAUCACGCCGGCCUUUAAGUGCACCGGCAUCUGGCCGCGCAGCGCGGCCCAGUGGCCGCUGCCCCAUAUCCCCUGGCCGGGGCCCAACCGCGUGGCGGAGGUCAAGGCCGAGGGCUUCAACCUGCUCUCCAAGGAGUGCUACUCGCUGACGGGCAAGCAGAGCUCGGCCGAGAGCGACGCCUGGGUGCUGCAGUUCGGCGAGGCCGAGAACCGCCUGCUGCUGGGCGGCUGCCGCAACAAGUGCCUCUCGGUGCUCAAGACGCUGCGCGACCGGCACCUCGAGCUGCCUGGCCAGCCGCUCAACAACUACCACAUGAAGACGCUGCUGCUCUACGAGUGCGAGAAGCACCCGCGGGAGACCGACUGGGACGAGGCCUGCCUGGGCGACCGCCUCAACGGCAUCCUGCUGCAGCUCAUCUCCUGCCUGCAGUGCCGCCGCUGCCCGCACUACUUCCUGCCCAACCUCGACCUCUUUCAGGGCAAGCCCCACUCGGCCCUGGAGAGCGCCGCCAAGCAGACCUGGCGCCUGGCCCGAGAGAUCCUCACCAACCCCAAGAGCCUCGACAAGCUAUAGGGCGCCUCGGGCGCCUCCGAAACUCUGGAAGGGGGACGAACCCAGGGACUGCAGCCCCGGCGGCGGCGGCGGCGCUCCUCCCCCGCUCCCCUUUUCCCAAAAUGACCUUAAAAAGACGCUCCCCACAGCGACGGGACUGGGCGGCAGCCGAGCGGAACCCGAGGUACAUUUCUUCCUCCUCCCCGUCCUGAAUACUCAGUGUGUGUAAGCCCCCUCCCUCCUCUUCCUCGCCCUUUCUCUCUCUCGUUCGUUUGCCUGAAUGUUGUCACCAAGUGAAAAACAACAUUAUUUAACUAGAUGUACGAUUUUCUUUCUUUAAAAAAGUAAGGAAAGAAAACAAAAUAAAUUAAAAGAAAAAAAGAAUAGAAGCCCAAAAAGGAAAGACAGAGAAAAAAGAAAAGAAAGGAAAAAAAAGCCACCACUAAAAAGUUUACUGGUGUUAAAUGUAUUGCAGUGCCAAGGACAGACUAUAUGCACUUCCUUCCCUUCCCACCAUUUCCUUAUACUUGACUUGUUGAAAAC